AUGGAUUUGAGGAAAGGAUAUUAUCAGGUUCGCAUAGCCGAAGGUGAUGAACCAAAGACGACUUGCGUGGUGUGUUACAAGGCUUUUGAAUGGUUGGUAAUGCCGUUAGGCUGGACCAACAUCCCCGCUGCAUUCUGCACUUUGAUGAACAAGAUGCUCCAUCCAUUUUUCAAUCAGUUUGUAGUCAUCUAUCUUGAUGACAUUGUGAUUUACAGCACCUGCAUGGAGGAACAACUUGAUCACCUCCGCAAAGUUUUCCAAGUUCUAAGGGAAAAUGACCUGUUCGUGGAGAAGGAGAAAUGUUCUUUUGCCCAGCACCAAGUGUAA